AUGACUGCCAUACCCUGGAACACACAAGUCAGCACGUCAACGAUAAAGAGUAUGGAAGAUCUGCCACACCUGCUGGAUGACAAGCACACUCAGGCGAUCUUGCGCCGCUUUCGAGGAUGUGUGAGGAUUGACUUAUCCCAUCUCGCUUGCGAGGAUGAUGAUGUCGUCGGGUCGAGGCCACUGGGGGAGAAUGCCGCUAGGCUUAUAAAGCUAUUUAAGUCAGUAGGCUGCGAUCGUGACGACCCAGAACAUCAUGUUCCUGCUCUCAUCAGCAAUGACACACUAGAGGAGGCGCUGAGCAGUUCACAGACGACCGUGGAAGCACUAUUGAGCGGUAUGGACCCGCCCCAUCUUACCCUUGGUGACAAUGUUCGCCUUCGAUGUCUGCAAGGGAAGAGCCGCCUUCAAGCAGCAAGCCAUUUUCUCGACCCUGGCGACAAGUGGUGGGGGGUCAAAUUAUAUCUUGACUCGCAAGCUCAACUGCGAGAAAAGUAUCAAAAUGAGCAGAAUUUCAGCGACGGUGAUAUCUACCGGAACCUGCGUCAUUAUCAGCUGAAAGGAGAUGCUCCCGAGGUCGCUAGGUGGUGGGCUAGGUGGGAGGGUUCUACCAAAACCCGAGACGUGAAAAAGAUGCAGAGGAUUAAGCAGCUCUGUGACGGAUUUGACCAUCUCUUACCAUAUGUUGGGUUGUGGGCGCCUGUCACUGUAAAGCUCUUCCGGCGCGCUCUGGAAGGGCGAUGUUAUGAUGAGUCAGCUUAUUAUCUUGGUGAGAUUAACCGUAUCUGGUCGACCUUGUUUCCCGGGACAAGGGCAUCCCUUGUCGAUGGGCCUUCCGUGCGCCAGGUGGAGGGUCUCAUGCCGUCCUAUUCACUCGCAGACCAGGGUCGCAUCCGUCAUCUCAUGGAUAAUAACCUAUUCCCUUGUGUCACAGGUCCAAACGAGAGAAGCAUACUCCUGGAGGGCCUACUUCAAGUUGGUGGCAGAAUACUGUCUCUGCACACAUUCUCCCAAGAUCUCAUCUACCUCGAGCCACCAGCAAGGGGAUUGAAGGUGCUUCUCCCAAAGAAGCAUUGGGGCUCCCUGAAGAAGGCGAUGGGACAUAUAUACGUCGCAGGGGGUGACAGAUGCCGUGUCCAGUUAUCCUUUGACGAAUACGCAGAUAUACCUGUUGGUGAGCAUAUGAGUCGCGAUGAGGCACAGAGGAUGAGAGCGUGCUUGUCAGCAAGGGCUGGAGAACAUCUUCCACGGACAAGCGGGUUCCACGCCGCAUUAAGCCACAAUGGCGAGGACGACAUCCAGCGAUACAACCGUCCUCGAGCCUCUCAGCUCCGGAACGACGGGGCGUAUUUCUUUGUGGGUCAUGUGUAUGGUUGUGAUCAGCCUGCCGCUCAACGCCCGACCUCGUUCGCUGUUACAAGGGAGGUGAUAUUCUCCUUCUUCGGUAAAGAGCCAUUGUAUUCGGUGUUCAGAAGGUGGUCAGAAUAUCAGCUUCAUUCGGCGAUCGCUGCGGAGAAGAAUGAUUUUGUAAAAUCUACAGGGCCUGAAGUUCCCCCUACAAUACAGCCGGUAAAUAACCCUUUAACGCCAGUUCAGCUAGACCCCGGACUCGACGACAUGGAAGGUAUGGAGCCAACGCCUCCUCUGGCUCCGGGCUUUGAGGACUUCAGUGCCCCGCUUGCGCGGAAGACGCAUAUAUCUGUCCAUCGGAGUGCAGGAGAAAUACUGAAGAUGUGGUAUAACUCCCCACCUACGUCACUGAUAGUUUUGUUCUUGAUUUCCUCUCGUUCAUACUACAAGUUCAUUGGGGAAAGCGUGCUGCAGCUGCGUUCAACGAUAAAUCUUUUAGCUAAAGAUCAUUACUUUAUGACUUUACAUGGGCACACUGUGCGAACUCUACCAGAUGAUCAUAUCCUACAGGAAGCAAAAGAUAAGAAGCUCUUGUUCGUUGGUUCCAAUUCGGCACCUGGGCGUGGGAGUAAAGAACCUCUGGGUAGUUUGAAUGAUACCACAGGUCACAUAACUCUAGACGAUCUAAGGUUGUAUCUGUCAUCAUUUGAUGUUCGGACGGGGAAAAGGCUAGAAGUGGACAGUGACGAGCUGGGACAGGGGUCAAAAAGAGUUCGUUAUAUGAGAGAACAAUCCCAGGUGUAUCCCCAGGACGAGGAAGAGUUAUAG